AUGUUAGCAAAUACCUUCGCAGCUAAUUCAAGUUCAGCAAAUUAUGAUCAAACCUUUUUAGCCUACAAAUCAUUAACUGAAUCCAGAGAAGUCUUCGACACUCAGAACAACAACAACCCGAUCAACAAUGAACUCACCAUAAAUGAUGUAAUAAAUAUCAUCCCAAAACCAGUCAAAGGUCACUUAUUCGCUGAUGACAUAAGUAUUUCAUGCAAAGGAAAGAACCCAAUCUCCACUGCGAAAUUAAUCCAACAGACUCUCGACGCUCUUCAAAACUGGUCUCAACAAAGCGAGUUUAUUUUUUCGAAAGCAAAAACAGAGUUUAUCAUCUACUCAAGAAACAAGAUUAAAGACAAAGUUAAAUUGUGGUUGAAUGGUGAGGAAAUAAACAAAGUCGACACAAUAAAACUACUAGGGCUUUACAUAGACAAAAAAUUAAAUUGGUCUACCCAUGUUAACCAUCUAAUGUUGGAAUGUUCCAAAAGAAUAAAUAUUUUGAAAGUCUUCGGGCACACGCGGUGGGGAGCAGAUAAAAACUCACUUCUACUCACAUACAAAUCCUUAGUUAGACAGAAAUUAGACUACGGAGCCAUUUUUUAUGACAUGGCCUCAUCUAGACUACUCAGAGAUCUUGAACGCAGCCAAAACCAAGCACUAAGAAUUAGCAUAGGAGCUUACUGCACAAGCCCUAUCGACAGUAUUCUGGCAGAGUCCAACGAGAAAUACAAAGACCAUAUUCACUUCUACACGUACGGAUCUGUGAUGAAUGGCAAGUCUGGUUUUGCUAUAAUAUCUAACUUCGCUAAAACAGGAUGCAGAGUACAUGAUUCUCUCUCAAUUUUCGCAUUCGAAGCAGCAGCUAUCAUGAAGACCUUACUCAUAAUCUCAGAAGAUCCAGAACUUAAAAAAGUCGCCAUUUUUACGGACUCACUGUCCUGCUUAACGGCAUUAGCCAACUCUGACAGUAGUAAUCCGUUCAUAUUAAACUUACAAGACAAAAUAAAUGAACUAACGAGCUGCAACAGAACCAUUGAAUUAGUGUGGAUACCUAGUCACCAGAGAAUUAAGGGGAAUGAGGAAGCCGACAAAUUAGCAAAAGAAUCCUUGCUUAACGAGACAAUUGAUAAUACCGUUGAAACUACUCCAACUGAAUUCAAGAAGUACAUAAAGAAAAGACGCUGUAUUACUGGAGGGAUACCGGAAUAA